CUCCGUCUCCCACUCUCUGUCUGUUCUGUCUACCUGCCUGUCUGUCUGUCUGUCUGUGUGUCCCGGUGUCGAUUCUUUGUCGCUCUCGGUCUGUGUUUGUGUGUGUACUGUUCUGCCCUGUUCUUUGAGAAAUGAAGGCUCGGGAAGAUGGAGAACAGAGACGAGAGUCGUGGGGAGGAGCCGGCCCGUUGCGGUUUUUGGCAGGCCGGCCGCUGGCCGUUGCAUGCAGCUUGGCAUUGCUCGCUGCCUUGGUGUACUCCCGACCCGACCUAAUCGUGACAUCGCGGUUCUCUUUCGCGUCUUCGCUGCGCGGCAGAGUGCGGGAAGACCAAAAUGCGGCCUCCAGAUCAUGGCCGCCCAUCCCGCCGCCACUGUCAGCUUACGACGACGACGAUGCCCUCCCCAAGAAGCUCCAGCGGGAGGGGGAUAUCAUCCUCACGUGGGCGCCCCAACCGUCGGGAGAGCAUCGUUACGACGGCCAGGAGGUGAUUGACAGCGCGCCGAGCCCUCGCGGUCCUGGGAGCGACGAUGAUCAGGACUUGCCGGAUGCAACCCCCCCUAGUAGUUCGUCGAAUCUGCGGCUUGGCGUCUUUCCUACGGGCGGCGCUGACUCUUCGGUUACUAAUGCGACCGGUGAUGAUCUGACAAGAGAAAGGGGAGUGGACCAGGGGAGGAAGAAGAAGGAGAGGGACCCGCCGGUUGGUGGUCAUGCAGCCAGCAAACGGUUCAGCACUGGCCAUGUCCGCAAUGUGUCCCACCCCCACCGUCGACCUGUGCACAAACGCGCAUCCGUAGCAGCGGGAUCCCGACAACCACAGCCUAAUAACUCGUCUCGAGCAGGUGGAGCAGAGUGCAAUUUAUUGGAGGGAAGAUGGGUUCGUGACUUGCGUCGGCGGCCUGUUUACUCGGAGAGAUGCAAAUACAUAUCUCCCAAGUGGAAAUGUAAAAGUGUUGGGAGAAAGAACUUUGCCUUUAUUGAAUGGAGAUGGGAGCCUGCCAAAUGUCACCUACCAAAGUUUGACGCAUUGGGAUUUCUGCACCUGCUUCGGAACAAGACUAUGACCUUUGUGGGCGAUUCCCUUGCUCGCACUUGCUUUGCGUCGCUAUUAUGCCUUUUCAAUGCAUCUACAGUCGUGGUCCCUCCUCAAUGGGGUAAUUUGGAGGACCCCUUUUUUACUUUCCAAGUACCAGAAUAUGGCCUUACACUGCGAUUCGCAACAGCGCAUUUUCUUGUAAGGGAGAGCUCCAAGUUAGAAGAUUUCCAGAGAGUCCAUAGGACGCAGAAGUUGCCUGAGUCGUUCCUUGUCAAUGUUGACGUGAUAGGCAGGGAGGUGAGGCGUGCAGUUGUGAUGUCGGACAUUCUUUUCCUGGGCACCGGGCAAUGGUAUGAUGCAUCGGGGAAGUACAAAUUAUAUGCUCGGAAGGGGCUCAUACUGGAUGAAAUGGAUGACCUGCAGGCCUUUGAGGAGGCAAUGACGACGGUGAGGGAUUUCAUCCGCACAUCGCGCUUCAGAGGUCCAGUCUACAUCCAGACAUACUCACCAUCACACUUCUCAUAUGGCAAUUGGAAACAAGGGGGGAUGUGCAACGCAACAAACCCACUGUCUGAGAGGGAAGAGGCAAUGUUAGAGAAAGAGAGUGUUGCAGUGCAGUAUACGGAAACCCUGAGGAGGGUUUUCGGAGGCGGAGAGUUAUUUAGACUUUUUGAUAUUAUGCAUUUUAGCAUGUACAGGGCUGAUGCGCAUUCCAUUGCCGAGUACCGACAGCGGUUCGAAGCUCAGCUCGCACUGAUCGAGGCUGAGGAACAGCGUCAGGCGGCAGCCGAAGCGGCGGCAGCAGCUGAAAAACAGCAGCUUCAGGCCGAAGCAGACGCAGAUACCCAGGUACGCCGCAAGGAGGCCCAGGAUCUGCUACAGCGGCAUGAAGCCACCAGCAUCGAAAAGCUCAAGCUCUGGCAUUUUGAACCAUCCGAGCACCACGAAGAAGCGACACCGGAAGAGCAGCACAAGGAGCUCCUUGCCAAACUCGUGACCCGGUUGGUUUACACUUGUAACCACCUGCAGUCCGAGCUGGCGAUUCUCCGACGGGCAGUGUGGAACCACAAGGAUCUGCACGAGGAUGCUACACGGGCACUUGAUUCCCGUGUCACCGAUCUACAUGAGAACAUCUCUUGGGAAGAGUUGACGAGGCUAUGGAAGAAGCGGUUCAUCGUGGACGACGCCUCGGCGCUCGCCAUCAACCGACUCUUCAGCAUGACCCAAGGCAACACAUCGACGCGCGACUGGCUCACGGAAUGGCAAAAGAUCGCUGCAACGCCCGAUCUUGAGUUGCCAUUUUCGCAUCUGCGCCGGGAGUUCUACAACCGGUCAUGUGCCGCCUUGAGCCUCGCACUUGGUGAUCGCGAGCAAUACACAACCUUCGCCGAAAUCAUCAACAAGGCAAGGGAGAUCAUCAAGACCAAUAGGGCAGCUGCACACGAGAAGUCAGCGUGGCAGCCAACCUAUGUGGAGAAAGGAAAAUUUGGUCCGCGUCCGCAGCAUGUCGCUGCAGUCCAACCGAACAACAUUGUGGAAGACCCGGCAGCCACCCAAGCAUCACGUGAGGGAGAUCAGCUGACCGCCGUCCAGCCGUGAAGCAACAACAACUCCCGUAACAAAGGGAAGGCGAAAAC